CGACCUCCAUGCUUCCUACACAAGCGGGGUUACAGAGAAUCUACCCUUACGUCACCUUUGUUAAUUAAGGCAAAGCAAAUCUACUCAAAACAAGGCUGAAGGCUUCUUCAUAUUCCAUGCGACACAUCUCUCUCUCCCUCUCCCUCUCCCUCUCCCCAUGAGGAUGAAAAUGAAGAUGAAUUCUCCUGCAAUAACCUUAGAAUUCUUUCGCCAUCUACUCAAGAAAGACAGAUGCAUGAACACAGGGAAAUUAGGGUUUUUCCUAUUAUGGUUGCUGUGUUUCACCUCCAUUUUCAUCUUCUUCUUUUUGUAUUCUCCAAAUCCGUUUUUUAGGGCCACUAGGCGCCAAGAAGAACAACCCAGUCAAAAUGUUCUCAUCGUCAAAUCCAAUAAGUACGAUGAGCAGUGCGACUUGUUCACGGGUCGAUGGAUUCCAGACCUGCAAGGAUCGCUUUAUACCAACUGGAGUUGUCCUACCAUACCCGACUCGAAGAACUGCGGCAAGUAUGGCAGGAAGGAUUCCGAUUUUGUGUACUGGAGAUGGAAGCCAGAUCAAUGCGAACUUCCAAGGUUUGAUCCAAAGACCUUCCUGACUUUUUUUCGAGGGAAAAAAUUAGCAUUUAUUGGAGACUCGGUUGCUCGGAACCAAAUGGAAUCGCUUCUCUGUCUCUUAUCUCAAGAGGAGACUCCAACAGACACGUACAAGGAUGUGGAAGAUAGAUUUCGCACAUGGUACUUUCCUUCCUAUAGCUUCACGCUCAUGGUCUUGUGGACAAAAUUCCUGGUGAUGGGAGAGGAGAGAAUGAUCAACGGGUCACUCUCCGGGGUGUUCGACCUGCAUCUUGACAAGGUCGACGGGAAAUGGGCCGACAAGCUUCCCGGAGUGGACUAUGCCAUCGUCUCUGAAGCUCACUGGUUCUUCCGAAAGAACUACUUAUAUGAGGGUGACAUGCUAAUUGGAUGUGUCUUCUGCAAUGAACCGAAUGUCACUGAUCUUGGGCUGGGGUUUGCCAUUCGAAUGGCGUUUCGGACUACACUCAAGUUCAUCAAUGCUUGUAAGGAGUGUAGGAACCUGGUAACUCUGCUAAGGACCUUCUCACCUUCUCAUUUUGAGAAUGGGACGUGGAACACAGGAGGGAAUUGUAAUAGAACAAGCCCUUUAAGUGAAGUAGGGUUGAACUUGGGCGGUACGGAAUGGGAACUCAGGACCAUCCAGGUGGAAGAGGUUGAGAGAGCAAGAAAGAAGGGAGAGAAGAGAGGGAACAAGUUUAAGGCAUUGGAUGUGACCAGGGCAAUGUUGAUGAGGCCUGAUGGACACCCUGGGUCCCAUUGGAACAACAAAGGAAUGGAAGGUUACAAUGAUUGUGUUCAUUGGUGUUUGCCGGGACCCAUCGACGCCUGGAAUGAUUUCUUGAUGCCAGUGCUGAGUUGACUGCUGAAUAGGAUGACCCUUGAUUAAGGGAUAGGGACGGAUGCUAUCAUAUAUACUGUAAACCAGCCUUCAAUUCAUUCAGUUGUUGGUAACAAAGAGAUUGAUUUUGUUCGUUCAAAUUUAAUUUAAUUUACUUCAUGAUCCUGGUUAAAUGUAUCUAUAUUGAUAGAACCCUCUUUUAUCUUUAGGUCCAUGUAAUGUUUUGGGCCUGGGCCGUUGCAAGCCAUUAACAGAAAACCUCCUACUCAUGCUUCACAAAUUCCAUGGAAAAGACAAAUGAUUAACAUACAUUGUUUCUGAUAAACAAAGUAUGAAUUGUUUCAUUAUAUGAUAUAUCAAAAAUAAGGUGAUGUGCCCUGUACCAAUAUGCCUUGUGCAAAAUUAUAUACAGUCCCCUGUAGAAACAGCAAAUAUAAUGUCUAUCACUUGGCUGCAAAAAUAAAGAGGAAUUAAGAUCACGACCGCCUCUAAAAUUAAGAACUAAAGUUGGAUCAUUUGUUCCUUUUUCCCAAUCAAAUCUAUCUCAAGGUACCUCUUGCCUUUAAAAAAUACACCUAUUUCUCACUCUAUAGRCUCCCGUGAAUGGCAAAAGCAGACACCCCUUUUGUUGAGCCCUUUAAUGGGCUAAAUAUCUAUAGGAGAUGAGAUGCCCUUCAAGAUAAGCUGUUGCCAUCCAAAACUCUAAUGGGACCAGGCUUUAGAAUAGAACUCACAAUCAAGUAGCAGGAGGCCAAUUCAGUCCUUC